AGUUGUUGUAACGCUUGGAGGUUGGGGGCACCACAUCAGAAGUACGAACAAAAGUUUCUUGUUGCGAAUACUUUUCUCCCUCAAAUUUUUAUAGUUUUUUAAGUUCUAUACUUAAAGACUUACGAUGAGCAUGGCUGAUAUAAGUAAAGAAGAUUUAAGAAAAGAAAUCGACGGGAUCCUAGAAGGAGCUGAUUUAGACACACUGUCUUCGAAGAAAGUUCGACAACAGUUAGAAGAAAAACUUAAAUUUGACCUAAGUGACAGAAAAAAAGAAAUUGAUGAAAUGGUCAUGGAGGCAGUUGAAAAAAAACCUCAUAUAGAAGAAGAAACAUCAAUGAAAACCAAAAAAGAAGACGACAAAGCUGACCCUAUCAAAGAAAUAGUGGCAAAUAAGAAGAAACCUGCAAAAUUGGACCAAUCAAUUGAUGAAGAUGAAGAAAACUCGGAAAGCGAAGGAGACGAAGAUGAUGAUGAAGAAGAAUACAAACCCAAUGAGGAAGAUUCUUCUAAAAGAAAACCAGCCAGGCAACAAGAAAGACGCCAGCCGAUGCGAAAAGGAACGUCGGAAAACCCGGAAACGAAAAUUAAGCAACGACCAGCUCGAUUCGCUGCCGAAGAUAAAAAAAGCAAAGCCCUGAUCACGAAAUCUAGCGAUUCUGAAGGAAAAUCGGCAGAAUCGGAAGAGUCCGAAGAAGAAUCAGACGAUGCCCCCGCACCGGUCCCUAAAAAGUCACCUGCACCGCGUGGAAGGAAACCUCAGUCUAAGCCAACCCCAGUGGAAGAAGAUAGUGAAGAUAGUGAUGAACCUGCCAAAAAAAAGUUGCCCAAAAAACUGCAACAAGAAUCCGGCAGCGAAUAUGAAGAAUUCGAUGAAGAAAACUCCGACAGUAGCGACGAAGGCAGCGACGAAUCAUAUAGCCCAGGAAAGAAAUCUUCUGGGAAAAAAAGAGGUCGAACUGGUGGAAGAGGUGGUGGUAAGAAGAAACGCGCUGACAGUUCGGACCCUGAAGACUCGGACGAAGACUGGAAAACAUCUUCCAAAAAGAAACGCAGUAUACCAGCAAAGAAAGCCGAAAGUUCUCCAGCUACCAAAGCAAAACCUGCUAAAGGAGGAGUAAAAGCUGUCAAGCUGAGUCCCGAGUUGUCAGAUAUCAUGGGUACAGAGUCGAUGCCUCGCCCAGAAGUGGUGAAAAAAAUGUGGUCCAUCAUUAAAGAACGAAAUCUAUAUGACCCAAAAAAUAAGCAGUUUGCCGUCUGCGAUGAGCAACUACAGAAAGUUUUCGGGGUUAAAAGAUUCCGCACUUUCGGCAUGAUGAAGUACCUGAAAGCUCAUUUCAUCGAUUAGAUUGGCGGAAAUAACUUUCAAAGAGAUAAGGGAUCAAAACCUGUCGUGCACGCUGCGGAUAAUCGAUUCGACAAAAAAAUGAUUAUAAUUUUUAUUAUUUUUUUAUUAUUAUUAUUUUCUUCCCGUUUGUGGGAGUUAAAUUACAGCUCUACUCGUUGGACUGUAUACAUUCGAUGUAGACCCCAUCCGCAAAGUGCCAGUUGUUGAAUGGUGACAUUGACCGCUGUACUCAUUUUACACGAGGUUCUCAACUUAAAUGUUUGCUUUGAAAAAUCUGAAAAGAAAGUGAUUGCGCGAUGCAUCAUGGUGCAUGAUGUAAACGCAGAUCCAUUCUUGUCGCAUUUUAAUUUUAUGGAAUAACGGAGAGAUGGAUUGGACAGGUUUAUUGUAUUUCUUACACAUGUUCUUUUACAUUUUCACGAGGAGGUUCGUGUUUUUCCCUCCCCAUGCGUGUUUUCAAUCCUUGACCAUUUGAUAAACUCAAAAGCAUAAUACACGAUUACACACCUUA